AUGCCGACUCGGCUGUGGUCCCUGAUAUGGGUUCACGGCAUUCCAAUUCAGGGCGUGGCAGCCACUGCCGGGCUGAUAGCAAUCCAGGUCGGCAUCGGGAUUGUUAUGAAAGCCGCGCAAGUCUCGGGCUCGUAUUCUUUCUCCCCUUCCGCCUCCAUCGUCAUAUCUGAGUUUCUCAAAUUGCUCUUGUCCACGUUUUUCUUCUGGCGAGAGUCGGAGCAAAGGAGCGACUCAUGGCCACCGCCUUCAUCAUUGUCGUUGGAGGGAGGCGCUGGGCCACAGUACUCCCGUUUGGACGGCGACGAUCGCGCUCCUGCGCCUGAAAAUGCGAUCGAUGACAGCAGUCAAGCUAUCCUGGCGACUGAUCAUGGCGACCCUUCUGAUACAGUACCCGCCAAGGACCAACGUGAAAUCGUGCCCUCGAGCAAGUCCCGUUUGUCAUUCUUCUUGCACGAGUUCAGCGGGGACUUGGCUCAACAAAAAACGGAGGGCAUUAUCAUUCUCGCUCUCUGCUACACCCUGAUCAACAAUUCGAUUUUUCUCAGCUACAAGAUAGCCGAUCCAGGCACCAUACAGCUGUCCAAAAGUGGUGGAACGGUCGUGACGGCCAUCAUCAUGGUCGUCUGCCUUGGCACCACGAUUUCGCACGCCCAAUGGACUGCCAUCGCUAUCCAGCUUUGUGGCUUGAUUCUUACCCAAUACAAGGGCGACAGCAAGACUCUUAUCAUGUACCCUGUAGGCGUCUACCUUAUCCUCGUCUUACAGUUGGCCUUGAGCGCAUCUGCGGGUGUGUAUAAUCAGUAUCUCGUCAAGCUCAACGACUGCAGUUUGCAUGUCAACAACAUGAUUCUGUACGCGGCGGGGGCAAGCAUCAACUUGGUCUGCCAUCUCGUCCUUCGCUGUGUCAAUGCCAACGAGCCUGGCUUCUUCCAUGGCUACGACAGUGUAGGCGCAAUUAUGGUAGUUCUCAGCAAUGUCUUCAUUGGGUUGGCAAUCACCAUUGUGUACAAGUAUGCCGAUGCACUCAUCAAAUGCUUUGCGAGCGCCGUAUCCACCGGAAUAUUGCUUUACCUCUCCCCUAUAUUGUUUGGCACUGUCUUGGGCGACCUCGUCAUAAUUGGCGCUGGCCUUACCUUUUUUGCAUCUUGGCUCUACAUUAGCAGACCAGCGCCGCAAAAGAAGAACCAGACUACGGACCGGGGGCCCCAGAGCAACAAUCGUAUAUUUGCAGCGAUAUCGGGCAUUUUUGAAAAAUACACCGGCGCAUGCCUCGGCAUGUUAACCUUCGGCGCGGUUAUUCUCGUAGUAUUCCUCGCAAUUCCUGAGCAGACGAUGCCUGGCCUUCUGAGCGGCACAACUGCCCGCGCAGCCGAGGUCAUCACUUCGCCGUUUCAAAACACAUUCGCAAUGGUCCGCUGGAACACCCGUCUGCCCGAACGAAUACCGCUCAUCAAGAAGUAUGAGCCCUUCUUCCGUGCGGUCCACGUGUCAAUGCCCGAGUUGGACAAGGAGCGUCCGGCCAAGUUUCAUGACUGGGAAACGGACCAAGCACCCAAUACCUUUACGAUAUACUCGGCGGUCGCUCGGAGCAUGAAGAUGAUAUUGUCUACCCAGCCAUUGAUCGACGGUCUCCUUUACUUUCACUUCGACGCCUGGAUUGACCCGUUGGCCUGGGGCGACCUGGAUCGGAACAACAUCUGGUUCCUCAACUCGAGCGAUCCGGUCUACGGCUGUAUGAAUAACACCAAGACCAGGAAAUGGUGGGGACUGGACAAACAAUUCCACCUUCCCGCUUUGAACGCGACCAGAAUCGUGGAUGAACUCGACGCGGGGUACGAGGUGCAAGAAGGCUACUGGUGCAUCGGCUGGAGCGAUAUAUACUACAUCCCGCGACGGUUCUUUGUCGACUAUAUCCUGUUGGCCGACAUCUUCUACGAAUACGAAGUGUUUCACGAGGUGGCUAUUCCCACCAUGGUUCGAAUCAUCAACGACACCUACAGCCACAGCGACGCCGAGCCCGCCGUACACGACAUUCGUGACUGCUGGGGAUCUUGCUGCUCGACCAAGCCCUCGAUUGAAAACGUCACGAUGAAACGUUGCGGUCACAAGCUGGACUACUUGUCUGAACCUCUUCGGACAGCAUUCUUCGACAAGCUGGAUGGGCAAGCUCAGAUGCUCGGUCUGCCAGCUCCGCGGGAUGAACGGCGAUCUUCUAACGCUAGUCGCACAUCGUGGGGGUGA